CCUCCCUCUCUCUCUCUCUCUCUUUGUCUCUCUCUCUCUCGCUCUGUCUCUGAGACACACACCCUUCCUCUCUCAGCAGUGGGCGGUCAUCUCUCUCUCUCUGUGUCUGUGUCUGUGUCUCAGUGAGGCUCAGGGUCAGAGGAUGUCAGGUCUCUCUUAGCAGCUCAGAUGAUGUGCUAGCGGUGAGGAUGGACUCCCACACACUGCAGUGAAGGCAGGUUUGGCGUCUGAAGCUGUGAGGUCAGUCGUACAGGAGCAGCAUCAUGGUGGACACAGCUGAGAGUGUGAAUAAAGACAUGAAGGUGUUUGUGGUGGACAGCCAGGCGCUCGCGCCCCCGGUGUCUGUGAGGAGGGACGGCCCGGCGCUCUUCAUCAUCUACCUGCUGCUGGCCGUGGCUCUGCUGGGGGUCUUCAUCGAGGCUGGCUUCAUCUGGCAUCUGUACAGCAGGUCUACGCCAACAUCAGAUGUCCAGAUACUGGAAUAUAGUAAAGGAGAGAAGUCCUCGUUUCCCAGAAGCUCUCAUGAUUUUAAUGAGGUCUUGCCUGCAAAGCCUCCCAAAGCUGAGAGCAAACCUGCAGCAUUUCUGCAAAUCGCCUCGCCCGUGUCCGGUGGGAACGGCGUCCUGCACUGGAGGGCCGACAGCUUCCCCGUCUUCAUGAGGGGUCUGCAGUACAAGAACAACAGCCUGUACGUCCAGCAGGACGGCUACUAUUACAUCUUCUCCAAGAUCUCUCACAUGGAGAACUGCAGCUUCUUCAAGCACCAGGUGAUGCAGUGGACAGAGAGGUACAGCUCCAAGGCCAUCGAGCUGAUGCAGAGCUCCAGGUUCAUCUGCGUGCCCAGUAAAUCCCAGUGGAGGGGCAACAGCUACCUGGGAGGCGUCUUCCAGCUGUUUGAAGGAGACAGUGUGUUCGUGAAGGUCAAUAACAGCUCGCUGGUGUAUGGAGAAGUCUACGAGAACUUCUUUGGGGCCUUCAUGGUCUAAUUACUGACAUACUGCUGUGAGAAAAUCACACACGGGUUCUCAUUCCAGUUUAUAGAGUAUAUUUUACAUGUUUGAUCAAUCUUUGCAAUAUUAGAAUUGUGCUUUUUUAUUUUUUUGACUUCUCAGGUGAAUAAAAUAUAUUUGAAUUCUGACCGACAGAUCAAAUGCUAUUUCUCCUUUAAUCAUGUAAUCAUGUUUUAUUUUUAUUCUUAUUCUUAUUUAAGAAAACAUGUUUCAGACAAUUUUUGUUAUCCAUAUUUUAUCUAUUAUAAGAUGAAUAUAUAUGUAUGAUUAUAAACCAUAGGCUCUCCAGUGUAUAAUACAUAAUAACACUUCCUCCGGUGAAAAAGUGCUUCUCCUGUUGUCUCUCACAUCAACAUCCAGACACGUAUUAGUUUAGAGCUGUUUAAACGCUGCUGGAUCUGUGCAGAUUUCUCUCCUGAUU